AUGAAUCUUAAUAAAAGGGGAGUGGCAUCGAUGGAGCCUUUUCUGAAGAAGUUCUUCCCGGGAGUGUACAAGAAGAUGAUGAUGAAAAGAGGAACGAGGAGCAGCAACUACUAUGCGUUCAACAAUCAACUCUUGACGUCGUUCACGUCCUCUCUGUACGUUGCCGGACUGGUGGCGUCGAUAAUGGCAUCGUCGGUAACACGUGUCUUUGGUCAGAAGUCGUCGAUGGUCAUCGGCGGAGCUGCUUUCCUCGUCGACUCUGCUCUCAGUGGUGCUGCUCAGAAUGUGUUCAUGCUCAUUCUUGGACAUCUCCUGCUCGGUGUCGAUGUUGGCUUUGCCAACCAGGCAGUCCCUUUGUAUCUCUUGGAGAUGGCUCCGACGAGGUACAGAGGAGCAUUCAACACCGGUUUCCAACUCAGCAUCGGAAUCGGAGCCCUAACGGCGAAUCUCAUCAACUACGGGACCCAGAAGAUCAAACAAGGAUUCGGCUGGAGAAUUAAGCUUGCCAUGGCUACUGUUCCCGCUUCCAUUCUCAUACUCGGUUCGCUCUUCUUGCCGGAGACUCCCAACAGCAUGAUCCAGAGAACCGGCGAUGUUUGCCACGCCGAGCUCGUGCUCCGCCGUGUUUGGGGAACCCCCGAUGUCGGAGACGAGCUCUCCGAUCUCGUCAGAGCUGGCUCUGAGAUCAAGACUGAUUACGCAGACAACCCGUUUGUGUAA